AUGCUGCCGCCUACAACACCGUAUGCACAAGAUGCCAAGCAAACCGUGGAUACCUGGUCGAACUACUCGACAAUUCCCCAGGAGCAUCCCAAGUCGGUAGAGUUUGUCAAGUAUACGCCAAAGACGCUUGCAUUGUUCGACGGAACAGCACACGACGAUGGGAACGAUGGGCGCCGCAUCUUGCUCGCUAUAAAAGGCAACGUGUUUGAUGUUUCCCCAGGGCGCAAUUUCUACGGACCUGGCGGUCCCUACGGUAACUUUGCGGGGCGCGAUGCAUCGCGCGGUAUGGCGAAACAGUCUUUUGACCCCGAGAUGCUUACGCCGCUGGACCAGCCAAUAGAUACGUUGGAAGAUCUGACAGCUAGCGAACGAAAAAAUAUGGAUGAAUGGGAAGCUCAUUUUGAGGGCAAGUAUGGCAUCGUGGGUGAACUGGUCAACGAGGCCGACGUAGGCUUGUAG